AUGAGGAAUCGCUCAGUGGUAACUGAGUUUAUCCUGCUGGGUUUCCCACACACAGAGGGUCUAGAGAACUUGCUCUUUGCCCUGUUUUUGACUUUCUACAUCUUCACAUUGAUAGGAAACCUGCUCAUUCUACUUGCAAUUGUCUCCUCCACUCGCCUUCAUACUCCCAUGUACUUCUUUUUAUGCAAGCUAUCAGUUUGUGACAUAUUUUUUCCUUCAGUGAGCUCCCCCAAGAUGAUGUUCUACCUCUUGGGGAACAGCCGUACUAUCUCCUACACAGGUUGUGUGUCCGAGCUCUUCUUUUACCACUUCCUGGGCUGCACGGAGUGUUUUCUGUACACUGUGAUGGCCUAUGACCGCUUUGUGGCCAUAUGUUACCCUCUACGCUACACAGUCAUCAUGAACCAUAGAGUGUGUGCCAUUCUUGCCACAGGGACCUCACUUUUUGGCUGUAUUCAGGCCAUUUUUCUAACAACCCUAACCUUCCAAUUGCCUUACUGUGGUCCCAAUGAGGUGGAUUAUUACUUUUGUGAUAUCCCAGUGAUGCUAAAACUGGCCUGUGCAGAUACAUCAAGCCUGGAGAUGGUGGGGUUCAUCAGUGUGGGGCUCAUGCCUCUCAGCUGCUUCCUUCUCAUUCUCACCUCCUACGGUCGCAUUGUCUACUCCAUCUUGCAGAUCCGCUCGGCAGAGGGUCAACGCCAUGCCUUCUCCACCUGCAGUGCCCACCUUACUGCCAUCCUUAUUGCUUACAUGCCAGUGGUAAUCAUAUACCUGCAGCCCACUCCUAGGCCCUGGCUUAACGCAACUGUUCAAGUCUUGAAUAACUUUGUCACCCCCAUGCUGAAUCCCUUGAUCUACAGUCUUCGGAAUAAAGAGGUGAAAUCCUCUCUAAGAAAGGUCCUGUAUCACUUAAGUUUCCAUUCUGGGUAG